AUGUACUAUAACAAUUAUGGCAAUUGUAAUGCUCUUUCAAGAUUAAAUACUGGAUCAUAGUUCUUAAAUCAAAAGAUAUCUGUAAAGUAAUCAAAAGCCUAGGAGUAUUCAGUGCCAUUUAGUGUAACAAUGAGUCCAAUUAAAUAAUAACGAGAAUCAUAUUAACCAAUAAUAGAGAAUUAUUUCAAUUUGCAAACAGAAACACAGGAAGAUAGAAUUUGUUUCGAUUGUUUAAAUAAUUUCAUUGCCCUCAUGACUUAAGGUACAAAUUUAACAAAAUAAAUUGUAAUUGAAAACUUAACAGGAUUGAGAAAUCUGAUUGACUUCAUUUUGAAUUCACCACAGGAUCAAUCUGGAAUUUUAUAGCAGAACAGUGGUUUAUAAAGUAUUCAUUCAUCUCAAAUUGAAUAAUCAAUGCAUAAUUAAUUAAAAAUUCCAGAGAUCCAAUUACUAGAGUAAAAAAGGUUUCCAAAUGGAGUCAAUCGUCUUUUAGAAGAGUAAAACAAGAGCCUACAGAGUUAUUUGAUCAUACAUUAAUCUUAACAAAGUGAAAGAUCUCUUGCAAAUCAAUCAGAACAAUAGAGCGAAUCAGUUGAUAUAUCAAAUUAGAGUUAUUAUUCAGAGUAUAAACGUCAAGCUUAAAAUAUUGAAAUGGAUUUAUAAAGUUUUCUAAAAUAAAAAUGA